CUGCUACAGAGAGAGCGUGGUGAUAUAUAGAAACAAAAGAGAGUAGCAAAACCCCAAAGAAGCUUCUUCUCUUUCUUCUCCAUCUUCUUCAUCCUCAUUCACCAACACCAUAUCCUUUUACAUUUUGUUGCAAUCUGAAACAAGCUCCUGUUUUGUCUCCUUUUCCUCUCUCUCAAGUUUGCUGAAUGCUUUCUGAGUUUUGAACAAUCUUGAUGUCUAUGUCCUUGGAGCAUGAUUACAUAGGCUUAUCUGAGUCUGUUCCUUCAAUGGAAGCCUCUGACAGGUCUAAAAAGGGAGCUGCUUUGAACCUCAAAGCCACUGAGCUCAGGCUGGGCUUGCCUGGGUCUGAGUCCCCAGGGAGAGAUAGUGGUGGUGUGGAGGACAAAACUGGGUUUUCACUGCCUGUGCCUAAACCCUCUGUGUCUGGAGCCAAGAGGGUGUUCUCUGACGCCAUUGAUGGAGCUUCUGGGAAGUGGGUUUUCUCUGGGAGUGGUGGAUCUGAGGCUGAUUUGGGUAAAGGUGGUAACUUGGUUUCUCCUAGAGGUGUUAAUGGUGGAAAAGGUCUUGCUGGGCCUGAGUGUAAAAGUCAACCAAUCUCUGCUGUGAAAGAUGGGGUACAACAGUCCCCAAACCCUUUGCAUGAGAAGAAGCCUCAGGUUUCUGCUCCUGCAGCAAAGGCACAGGUUGUUGGAUGGCCACCAAUUCGUUCAUUCCGGAAGAAUUCAAUGGCAUCCAUUCCUCCCAAAAAGGAUGAUGAUGCAGAAGGCAAGAUCGGAGCAGGGUGUCUUUAUAUCAAGGUCAGCAUGGAUGGUGCACCAUACCUGAGGAAAGUCGAUCUCAAAACCUAUGGUAGCUAUGUGGAUCUAUCAUUAGCACUGGAGAAGAUGUUCAGCUGCUUUACAAUUGGUCAAUGUGGCCCACAUGGAGUUUCAAGUCAAGAUGGAAUGAGCGAGAGUCGUUUAAUGGAUCUCCUCCAUGGUGCUGAAUACGUCCUCACUUAUGAAGACAAGGAUGGUGACUGGAUGCUAGUUGGUGACGUUCCCUGGCAGAUGUUCACUGACUCGUGUAGAAGGAUGAGGAUUAUGAAGAGUUCAGAAGCUAUAGGGCUAGCCCCAAGAGCCAUGCAGAAGUGCAAAAAUAGUAAUUAGUAUCAUCAUCACCAUGAUUGGAUACUCAAAGCAAAGUAAUGUUGGAGGUAGCUGUUAUCAGCAACCAAGGUGGCAUCUGCAUUGCACACAAGAUCUCGGGCUUUGAUUGGCUCACAAGAUGGGAGGUAGCUGUUAUCAGCAUAUUUAUGCUUCUACAUAUUGAACAUCUAGGGUAACACUAAUAGGAAAUUCGUACUGUAAACGUGUCUAGUUUAAUUUACGCUCUUCCCUUUUAAAUUGUAUUCUUAUAGUUGGCUGCAAAGUAGUCUGUUAUGUACGAACAUGGCUUGUACGCCACAACAUUCCUUUUGAACAGUACAAAAGGAAAUGAACAAUGUAGUGUUGAACUACUAAUAUUUACUAGUUUGGUGUGCCUACAA